AUCAUACAGCUCAAGUGUAAGACAAGUGCAGAGACUAGAAGACCAAACAAGGUCCUUAUCUGAAUAGUUCUAAUUAAAUGUUUGGAAACGAAGUGGUCACCAAAGAUGAAGUGGAUAGUACUUUCUUUUGUAUAUAUGUUAAGUGGGGUUUAUGGGGGGUUUUCCAAUAAUACUAAUAAUGGUACUGCAGAUGGGCAUGUACCUGUUGAUAACAGUAGCAUCAGCACAAAUAAUAUUACUGGCAAUAACAUACGACUGAAAACAAAUCAUUUUGAAGGGCUAGUUACAAGUAUAAAACUCUCUCAGCCAACAGCGAGGGCACCUGAAGAUGCAAAGGCAGAUGAAGCCACCACCAGAUUGAAGCAUGCAAACGAAAAAGUGACGGUUCAGAAUGGAGCCAAGGGGGUGCCUAGUGGAAACAGACUUCCCAGGCAGACCUACAGCAAGAUCAGCAUCAGCAAACCCAGCUUUGAGACGACAAGGGGAAAAAACUGGUGUGCAUAUGUCCACACAAGGCUCUCACCAACAGUAGUGAUGGACAAUGUGGAAUCAUAUGUGACCAUGUCCACAGAACCAUGCUCCUGGAACACUGGGGGUUGCCCUGUCAGAUAUCAAAUGAUGAAUCGCCCUGCCUAUCGCAUGAGACACAAAAUAGUCACCUCCUUAGAGUGGAAGUGCUGCCCUGGUUACAUUGGAUCCAAGUGCGAACCUAAAGCCCAGCAGUCACAGACCCCAGCAUCAGAGAGUCAAGAUGAGAGUGAUACUGCUGUUAGUGAAGGACCAGCUGCAGACCAGCAGACCCCAGACCCAGCAUUGACUCUGAAGAUGACUGAUCAGAUAUACAGCCAGGAAAUGAAGCUCACAAUUUUGCAGAAGAAAAUGGAUAGCAUCUCCACUAACAUGAGUGAUGUAAGAAGCAUGAUAUUCUCUUUGGAAGGAAAAAUGAAUGAAGAAAGUGGGAAAGAUCUACAGUCAACACUGAAAGAUUUUAAGACAAAGGGGAUCAGUGACCUUGUGAAGGAAAUUGUACAGGAGCAACUCAAAGUAUAUCAAGAUAGCACACAAGAGACCGUUGUCCAGUUAUUUAAGACUGUAUCAAGUUUGACUGAAGAGCUUGAGACCACAAAAGAAACAGUUCAUAGAUUAAAUAAAACAAUGUCUUCAGUAUCAACAAACUACACGCCCCUUCAAAAAAAUAACAAUCAAACAAUGACUGAUAUCCAAAAUAUAAAAAAUGGAAUGACAACUUUGAGAGAGGAAGUCUUCAGUACUUAUGGUAGUAUAACUAAGGAACUAAUAGAAAAACAGAAAUCUCUCGAAGAGGAAUUUGAGCGUGAACGAGAAAAGAACAAUGUUUACUAUGAAACUAUAAAGCACACCCUUUCUCAAAUGAGGGAGAUCCACGAACAACUCCAGUCUGGAGAGCAACUUGAAAGCCCAACAACAGUCCCUCAGAACGAUAAUGUUACUGAACAUGUUUCACUUCUGAGUGAGACUGUCAAAAAGCAAUCGCUGGUAAUUCUACAGCUACACAAUGAAUUAUCUGCACAAAAUAUAAAGAUCAGCAAUCUUACACUUGCAGAUAGACACCAGAGAGAUCUUGCAAAGACUACCUGUGAACUACAGAACCAGAUGGAGAAGAUAGAAGACCAUAUGAAUAUCUUGAAUAAAACGCUAUGCGACACCAUCAUGCCCAUGGACGAUAUGUUCAGCGUGAUGGAGGAGAGGAUCAGUCAUAUGUCCUAUGAUCUUGAGGAACUCAAACCCUUGAUAGAAAAAGAGACAUUUCAAAAAGACGAUCCAAGUAGUGAGCUCAAUUCUGAACUUUUAACCAUGAAGAAACAAAUUGACAGCCUUAAAUCUAUUGUAAACAAGCUGAAUUUGAAAACCCAAUACGUAAUGAAAAACCAAGAUGAACUUGGCAAUCUAUCCAGAGAAAAAGAGGUACAGUUUGAUAAACAUCUUGAUAGAUGUCGCAUGGAAAUAGAAGAUGGUCUUAAUGACACUAUGUCUGUUAUUAAUGAUGCCAUUGAUGCUGUUCAGGAUAAUUAUUAUGUUCUUCAGAAUGAUGUGGCUACUAUAAAUAGCUAUGUUAAUGUGACCCAUCGUGAUAUCACUGAAAAAGUAGAGACUGUAUUGGGUAAAAUACCUCAGUUUGUUCAAAUGAAUUACUCCUUAAAGGCCAUGCAAGAUAAAACAGACAUGCUAUAUAACACAUUGGGAGCAAUUGGAGUUUUUUCAGAUCAGAUAUUAAAAGAUUCUGAAAAUAAUAGGCCUCCAAACCUUGUGAAAGUUUCCCAGCAAUUAAGUGAAGCAGUAUCUAUAAUUGGAGACCACCAGCAAGCAAUCAACCGUUUGGAAGAAAAACCCUCCAGUUCUUCUCAGGACCUUAAGACCAUCAGAUUACGUCUCCAGAGUGUUGAAUCCAGACUAAACUUGCUAAUUGCAAAACCCCCAAAAUCUAAAUUAUCGCCAGAAGAAAAGAACGCAUUACCCCCUACAAAAUACCAAGAGCUGAACAACAAAGUAAAAGAACUUGUAGCUCAAUCCUUAAACCAAACCAAUGCUAUUUUAUCUUUAAAGGCAACUGCCUCAAAAGCUUGGGUUUUAUGUCAAAAUGUGUCCAGUUCACAUGAGAUGAUGCAAGCCAGUGGUCCUCUGCUUUCUAAAGAAGACCAACUAAACAUCACAGUUUUGCACGAGAGGCUUAAAGAAUUACUGAGCCCAACCCAUGAAGCCACCAGCAGAUUAAUCUUAGCCAACAUUACACUCUACGUCGAAGCUGCCAUUUCCAGCAUUUUCAAGGAUGUCACAAAACUCCAAAAACAAAUGAGGCAGCUCUCAAAGAAGCAAGAAACAGCUUUAAAACUAACACUGAAUGCUACCACUGCUCUAACGAACCGGAGUCAGAGAAAUGCAGAAAAUGCAGUAGUUUCAGCAGAGUAUGUCAGCUGCAGCAGUUCUCCGUGCCAGAACGGGGGCACCUGUAUUAAUGAAAGAAGUGCUCAUGUAUGUGCAUGCCGCCCUCCCUUUGGUGGUGUCAACUGUUCCGUCAAGUUAGUGAAUGAAAACAAUCUGUCUACUGAUUUUUCUAAAGGAUCCUACAGGUACGCUCCGAUGGUAACUUUCUUUGUUGCACACACCUUUGAAAUGAAAGCUCCUGGCAUAAUCAAAUUCAACCAUCUCUACGUAAACUAUGGAGCAUCUUAUUCACCGGGAAGUGGAAAGUUUGUGAUUCCUUACCUGGGGGUGUAUGUCUUCAAAUACACCAUUGAAUCCUGCAGCCCACAGGUCGCUGGGUACCUGGUUGUUGAUGAAGUGGACAAGCUGGCGUUCCAGUCUGAAGAUGCCACGGCUGCAGUGUAUUCCAGCAGCCUAAUAACUGGGGAUGCUAUGCUUGAGCUAAAUUAUGGGCAAAAGGUUUGGUUAAGGUUGGAGAAAGGGUCUAUUCCCUCAAAGUACCCUCCAGUUACAACAUUUGGUGGUUAUCUGUUAUACCGUACAUAGUACUCUGCUAACCAGACAGUAUACUAGUAACUAUCUUGUCACUUAGUCUGAUUCGUUAAACAAUAAGUAAAUCAGUGCUUUUCUCAUGUAUACUGACUUUUACGAAUUAUGUGAUGCAUAAAUAUUAAAUAUAUUGCAUGUUAUUUUGCUUAAGAAUCCAAUAUUUGUUUCUACUUCUAUAUGUAAUAUGUAAACUAAACUAGGUUUCCCCAGUUGUACUUAGCUUGGUUCUGUAGUAGGGCUAUUCUAGUAUAAAGUCACUUGGGACUAAUGGUGUGGAAAUUUUGUGAUGUAAUAAAUAAGCUGAAGCAAUGCCUGCCAUGUGGAGACAUAACAAAUUAAUACACAAUCUACAUAGCAUUUAGGAAAGUUGCACAUGGCAAAGUGUACAUUAUUAAUUUAACUUGCUAUUGUAUUGAGGAUUAAAAAAAACAACUGUGUUUCUCGGUGUAAGAUCUGAAAUAAAAAAAAAAAGAUUGGUUAAUGAUAUUCAGGUGCUUUCCUGUUUUUAUCUUUUUCAAGUCACUUUAUUUAUACACAGUCGAAUUAGUUCAGCUGCCAGUUGGAACUUUCCAACAGCAGAUGUUUAUCUAAUCAGACCAUCCAUUCAUCCAAGGUGCAUUGAGGGCAGUAUUGGAACUCCUCAUAGUUUAACAAAAUGUAUUCUUUACUCUAAAAGAAAAUACAUUUCACAAACGUAUGAUUGUGUAGUUAUUUGUAUGCUGUUUAAUCGUGCCUAUAAAUAAAAAAAGUUUAAAACAGUGGUCUUUAUAAUAUAGCAUGCUGGCCAUAUGCAGGUCCCUGAUAAACUGUGGACUUACUGUAUGCUGUUACAAGUUCAGUGUUUCAUGUGUCCUUGUAAAGACUUAAAAACUUAAAGAGCCAAUACUAUAGUGAACAGCUACUGGAGAUAAAGUUUACUUUUAUACUGCUGGCAAUGCCCAGUAGCUGUGGACUAGAUGGCACUGGCUCUUACUAUUUUAAAGACACUUUCAACUCUAGCUUGUCUGUGGCAGGAAAGCAAACCUCAAUCUUCUGAACUCAUGAGGAUAUAAAAACAGCAAUAU